CCACCAAAAGUGAAUAAAUUAGGGGUUUGAAGGCAUUUAGGGUUUUGCGAUUUAUUCGUUUCUCCAACUUUCUUUUCGGCAAACCCUAGCUGCAUCACCAUGGCUGCUCCCACACAAGAAGAACUUCUCGCCGAACAUCUCGAACAACAAAAGAUCCAUAAUGAGGAACCUUUGGUUGAAGAUGAUGAUGAUGAAGAUGAUGAUGACGAUGAGGAUGAAGAUGAUGUUGAAGGCCACGGAGAUGCAAGUGGUAGGUCUAAGCAAAGCAGAAGUGAGAAAAAGAGUCGAAAGGCUAUGUUAAAGCUUGGAAUGAAGCCCAUUCUUGGAGUCAGUCGUGUUACCGUUAAAAAGAGCAAGAAUAUGCUAUUUGUGAUCUCAAAGCCAGAUGUUUUCAAGUCCCCUGCUUCAGACACAUACGUAAUAUUCGGCGAAGCAAAAAUAGAGGAUCUGAACUCACAGUUGCAGAGUCAGGCAGCAGAGCAAUUCAAAGCACCUAACCUUAGCAACGUGAUAUCGACGCCUGAGCCAACAGCCGUGGCUCAGGACGAUGAGGAUGUAGACGAGACCGGGGUGGAGCCCAAGGACAUCGAGCUGGUCAUGACUCAAGCCGGGGUCUCAAGACCAAAGGCGGUCAGGGCUUUAAAGGCUGCGGAUGGUGACAUUGUAUCGGCCAUUAUGGAACUCACAACUUGAAAGUGAUUGACUCGCUGUCGAUUUGUUUUUGUUGUUCCUGUAAUGUUUUGAGAUUGUUUGAUCAUGUGGUUAUCUAUUGUGCAUUGACAAUUGGGUCUUUGCUGAAUUUGAGGAUGAUAAAGGAAAUGGUUUGUUUGAGAUGUGGUUGGGUGUU